AACAAAUUAGGAGAAUAGUUGAGAUUAUUAAAAAAAAAUCAUAGUGAAGAUUAAUUUUGACCAACGGGUGAAAGUUGGGAUUAAUUUCAGCCAAUUUCCCUAUAUAAUAUUACCAAUUAUAUAUUCUCAUUUGUAAGCAUAGAUGAGAAUUGGUGGCCUUCAAACCAAUGGAUCAAGUUCAACUGAAAUUAUUUUUUGUUCUCCUAGGCAAUCUAAUAUGCUAGACUUUUGAAAAUUAUAAAUAUGGAGUAUAAACUAAGUUCACGGGCACUGGCAUUUUCGCUACUUUUGAACAAACUAAUCUCGUGAAUUUUUGUUUAGUGAAGCCUACAGAAUAUAACAUAUUCUAACUAGACAAAGCCAAAACCCAAAAGGAUAUGACCUAUGAGUACUGAAUAUAUAUGUCUUUUACGUUCAAAUAAUCCAUUAUAGCUCCCAGAAAUUGCAUACAUGGGAAAACAAUCACUAGAUGAGCUUCAACCCAAAACCCAAUUCUCUCAAAAUGACAAUGCCCAUCACUUUGUUGAGCUCAAUGAUGUGAGGCCAACAACGAUACCUAUAUACCCAUUUAUCCUUGCAUUCCGAAACCUAACAUUCAGCGUAAAAAUCUGUCCAGAAUUGGCUUGUUAUAAAAAUUUUUCAAGAAAUGGACUUGAAGAUAAGCAGUUGUUGAAUGACAUAUCAGGGGAAGCGAAAGGAGGACAGAUUAUGGCAGUUCUAGGUGCUAGUGGAUCCGGGAAAUCUACCUUAAUCGAUGCUCUAGCUGGUCGAAUAUCCAAAGAAAGAUUACAAGGGUCAGUAACCUUAAAUGGGCAUGAAGUUUUGAGGUGUAAUACCAACAUUCUGAAAUCGAUUUCAGCCUAUGUAAUGCAAGAUGUCCUGUUGUUUCCAGGACUAACUGUAGAAGAGACCCUGAUGUUUUCAGGUGAGUUUUGUCUGCCAAGAACCAUCUCAAAGGCCGAGAAACGAGCGAGGGUCCAAGGACUCAUUGACCAACUCAGUCUAAGACAUGCUGCUAAGACGGUAAUUGGAGAUGAAGAGCAUCGGGGAGUCUCAGGAGGUGAAAGGAAAAGGAUUUCGAUAGGCAUUGAGAUCAUUAAUGACCCGCCUAUCUUAUUCUUAGAUGAACCGACUUCAGGGUUAGACUCAACAAGUGCUUUUCUAGUGACCAGUGUUCUACAGGGUAUUUGUCGGAGUGGCAACAUUGUAAUCUUGUCGAUCCAUCAGCCUAGUUCUCGGAUUCUUAGUAUUUUAGAUAAUCUGAUAAUCCUAUCUGAUGGACAGACAGUCUAUAGUGGCUCACCUGCAAAUAUCUCAAAGUUUUUCGCAGCAUGCAGUUACCCAAUCCCGGAAAAUGAAAACAAGGUUGAAUACGUGCUUGAUCUCAUUACAGAGAUCAAGGAUGAAUCUCCAGGUAAUAUCACUAAUUUGAUGGAGUUCAACAAAUCCUGUCAAAAGCAAUAUAAUAAUCUGCAAGAGCUUAUCACUGCAAACUUACCUGUCUUGUCGCUUAUUGAUACAGUAAAUGCAAGGUUUUCAGAGUUUGCUAACCCAUCUUGGGUUGAGAUUGGUGUGCUUGCUAAAAGAUCAUUAAUUAACUCAACAAGAAUGCCUAAAUCGUUUGGUUUUCGGUUUAGUGCUGUGAUUUUUUCUGGUGCGAUGCUUGCUACUGUCUUUUGGAGGCUAGAUGAUUCCCCAAAAGGAGCACAUGCACGGCUCGCGUUCUUUGCCUCUGCUAUAAUCACAACUUUCUUCAUCUGUAGUGAAGCCUUACCUCAUUUUGUCCAAGAAAGGGCAAUCUUUAUGAGAGAAACUUCUUACAACAGUUACAGAAAAUCAUCCUAUGUUAUCAGUCAUACCAUCACUACCCUCCCUCCCUUGGUUCUCUUCUCCUUCACCUUCUCCAUUAUAACGUUCUGGACUAUCGGACUAAAUGGUGGGCUCCUGGGCUUUCUAUGGUACUUCGGAUUCAUGGUAGCCUCAUUCUGGACAGGGAACUCAUUUGUGACUUUUGUGUCAGCCGUGGUGCCUCACGUUUUAGCUGGGUAUACGGUGGUAAUAACCUUCUUGGCUCAAUUCACACUCUUUAGCGGUCUCUUUAUACCCCGAGGUCAAAUCCCUCAUUACUGGAUAUGGUUUCAUUACAUGUCUCUGGUGAAGUAUCCAUAUCAAGGAGUUUUACAUAAUGAAUUCAACAAUCCUAUGACGUGCUUAGUUAACGGAAUGCAAAUGUUCGACAACACUCUCAUCAAGGAUGCUCCACGUGAUUUGAAGGGUAAAGUAUUCGCUAGCAUGAGCAGCAUUCUAGGGAUCAAUAUUACUAGUAGCACCUGUGUGAUGACAGCUACUGACAUCCUACAGCAGCAAGGAGUCACUGAUCUGAGUAGACUUGAUUGCUUAUGGAUUACUAUUGCCUGGGGUUUUUUCUUUAGGAUCCUCUUUUACUUCGCUUUGUUGUUUGGUAACAAAAACAAAAGGACUUAA